GAUCAUUUCCUUGGACCUCAGGUCUUCCGAACAGUAUCCACUCGGCAUCUAUAGAAACUAAAGUUUAAACUAUGAAGAAAAUGUUUUUUUGCCCCCCUCCGACCAUGGAGAAAAUUGUGAAUAGAUUUUGUCAUUUUGCUGGCUUUAUUUAUAGUGUAAUUUCUCUCUCUCUUUACAGUUCUACUUUGCAAGUCCUGCAAGUUAACCUCCCUACUUGAUUGCAAAGUUGACCAAGUUCCGGUUUAUCCUUUCUUUAUUAAACAUCUCUCAAGGCUCCCCGACUUCAAAGCCGAAACAGUGAUCCAGUUCUAUUACACCCUCCCAAAAUUUUCAAUCCAGAGUUUGGUUUCUUCAACAUCCCGUUGUAUCCCCAUCUAAAUUUUCUUUAUAGCCACUUCUUCCUUGAAAACCUCAAUCUUCAAUCUAUAGCUCAGCUCUGAAAUUCCCGAUCCGAAAAUUCUCCUCCACUUUUCUUCUGAAUAUUCGGUAUAUCUGCAGAGUCUUUCCGAUUCUUCAUCUGGGUCUUUUUCCGUUUCCAUAUUUUUCCCAAACUUUAACUGAGUUUCUGUUCGAACCUCGGAGUUCCUCUCUUCCCUUAAAAUUCAGUUUCAGUCUCUGUAUCUGGCUAUUAUUAAAAAUGGGUACUUGCCUAAGCAAAGGCAAAACUUCAGAGCCAAGAUAUAAUGGUUAUACAUCAAUAGGUGGUUCUGAUAUGUACCACCAAAAAACCCAUGAACCUGUGGUUCACCAAUCAAAAAUCCCAACCCAACAACCAUACCACUUGCCAGCGCAGCAGGCGUUGAAUCCGUCUGUGCCGGUUCCAAGCCCAAAACCUGUCCUCAGGCCAGAUGCAAUUCUUGACAAGGCAUAUGAAGAUGUCAAGCAGUACUAUACCAUUGGUAAAGAAUUAGGAAGAGGUCAAUUUGGGGUCACUUAUCUUUGUACUGAGAAUUCAACAGGUAGGCAAUACGCUUGCAAGUCUAUAUCGAAGAGGAAGCUUGUUAGUAAGAACGACAAGGAGGAUAUAAAGAGAGAGAUACAAAUUAUGCAGCAUUUGAGCGGGCAGCCCAAUAUUGUCGAGUUUAAGGGUGCUUAUGAGGAUAAGCAAUCAGUUCAUGUUGUUAUGGAGCUAUGUGCUGGUGGGGAGCUCUUUGACAGGAUUAUUGCUAAGGGGCAUUAUAGUGAAAGGGCUGCUGCUUCAAUAUGCAGGGCAAUUGUUAAUGUUGUGAAUAUCUGCCACUUUAUGGGUGUGAUGCAUAGGGACCUCAAGCCUGAGAAUUUCUUGCUAUCUAGUAAGGAUGAGAAUGCACUUUUGAAGGCCACGGAUUUUGGAUUGUCGGUUUUCAUUGAAGAAGGUAACUUUUGAUUUGUUGUAAUCUUCCAUCAUGUGGUCAUGGGAUUUAAUGAUUUGAAUGAAUAAUGAAAAGAUUUUCUUGGA